UUGCAUUUAGAAACAGCAUAUUAAUUUAUUACUGAUCCAGUAUUAAUUUAGAUUAAUUGAAGAUCAAGUUACCUAAGAUAGAACACACGAUUCGAAAAUUAUUAAAUUUAUUAGAAUGAUUUAUAGAGCACACCUUACCGAGAGAGAAGUUUACGCCUUUGGGAUAGAUGUUUAAGGCUAUUUCUGUGAUAUUCAUAUUAAUUUUAACAAUAUUUUAAGAAAAUUGGGCUAUAUUAUAAUAUCAUUCAGCAGAGCUGUACAAGUAAUGAAUUAUUGAAUUAUACAAGUCACACCUUAAAAAUUAUUAUUGCAGGUCCUAUCCUACAAAAAGCAUGCUGUUGUUAAUAUUGAAACAUAAUACCUAUUCUUGUCAUAUUGAAUUGAAUUUAGAUUGAAAAUUCUAAGGAAAAUAUAUUAUUUUCAUCAUCAAUAAAUCAUAGUUCUUUGACGAGACAUGAUGAUCGCAGAUCUUGUCCUGCAAGAGCUUGCAAUAGGCCUAUAAUUGUGAUAGCUUCAAGGUCAUUCCAAGGAUUUGUGAUAGGCAUAUUGAAUAAACUGUGAUAAUCAUACUAUAAAAUUAUUAUUAUUAUAAGCAGAGUUUUUAUGAAUAAUUUAUUCGAAAAUUAUAUGCAGUGUUUACAUGUAUUAUUAUUGGAGGAUAAUUUAUAAUAUAAUAAAUUUAUUACGAUAUUAUAAAACUGAUAUUAUAUGGAUUAGCUCAAUAGUCAAUCGCUACUAGACUUUUUGUAGAUACUCCAUCAAUAAAAGUUAUUCAUUCGUGUAAGCAAAUAUUUCAAAUCGAAAUAAUAUUUAUCUUAUACCAAUGUUAUUGGCAUAUAAUGAAAUUAUUCAUUAUCAGAAGCAAUGCUAUUUUUAUUGAAUAGGCUAUAAUAUAUGCUAAUUAUUAUGUGGGCUGCCUACUACUACAACCAAUAACUAAGUAUUUUGUUUCAUAUGCUUCCACAUUUCAGGAAUAAUUAUUUGAAUGAACAAGAGGCAUAUAAGAUUAAUAUAAUACCUAUAAUUCCUUGUUAUGGUGUGUUAUACUGAUGUUAUCGAAAUUUAUGGUAACACUUUAUGGAAUGAUUUACUAGGUUCAAUAUCUUGUUUAGAGCAUAUUACCAGUCUAAUUUUUUAUUUUAAUACACGAAUGUUAUAAAUUGAGGUAACAUUUAUUCAUGCAACAUUUUAUUGGAAGUUCCAUUAUCUGGUAUUAUAUUGUUGCAUGAAAGAUACUACGACGUGCUUGAAAUGCUGGAGUAGCCAAUCAUUUACAAAUAAAGUAAUUUUUUUUUUAAUGGUAAUUAUAUGAGCAUAUAUGAAUGCAGACAGUAAUCAUCUGGGUUCGCUUUAUUGUUCCAUCGUUUAUUGUUAUAUAAUUUUAUAAAAUACUAUUUUAUAAAUAAGAAAAGCUUCUCACGUUUCAUGUGAAUGGAAAGAUCUCUGGACGUUGACUAUUUUACUUAUGCCUAUAAUUAAUACGCAUUAACCGCGAUUUCUGCCUAUUUUCAUCGUGCACUCUAGCAAUUAAUAAUUAUAGUAAUUAAUUUACUCAACCUACAGUCAUUGCAUCUACAGAAACAAGUUUGUUGUGUUCUUCACGUUUUGACUUGUAAAGAAAAAUAUGGCAGACGGAUCGACUACCGAUUUCAGCUCGGCCGAAGACCAGUCACCCGGCGGCAAACAUCCACGAUCCAAUAGUCUGACGUCCGAGGCGUUUUCGCAGGAUGUACUGCAUCACAUGUCAUCCACACAAUUGAAUGCAACAGAUACAAUGCAGGAAAGAAUGUCGCCCACCAGAGUGACGGCCGAAACUCCACAGGGGGACGUCAUGCAGCAGGUCGCGCCAGCUCAGCCCAGCAGUGCAGCUGAUGGAAACCCGCCUCUCAUAGACAAAACUAACGAACUAAGAAAGCAACUCUACCACACACUACCUUCACCGGAGAUGGCAGAUAGCAUGUUAAAUUUUAUCAAAGAAAUGGGCGAGGAGCAGAGAACUAAUCAAAAAAAUCUGGAAAGGAAUCUAAUACAAGUGAUACAAGAAGCUCAUACAAACAUGAAUUCAAGACUGGAUAGAAUGCAGGAGAGUUUUAAAUCGGAAAUGCUCAACCAUACCGAAGGUUUGAGGAAGGAGAUGAAGGAAAAAAAUACAGAAAUCAAGAAAUACACAGACCAACAGACCGAAUUGACUCGAGCAGAGAUGGGAGCACAAAUUUCCGAACAAAACAACAAAUUUACUGCUCUCACAAGCGCCGUAGAGGUUAGAUUGAAUACCACCUUGGCUGAUCAUAAUCUGGGGGUAGAUUCAAAGCUUAAGGAAAUAGAGCUAAAACAGAUCGAUACUACAAAAAAGGUUGAUAGAAUCGAAGAAGAAGUUCAGUUGUUGAAAAACAAUAAUUUGAUCCUAUCUUCCAGUUCAGAACUUAGCUCACAAGUAACUCUGGCAGAGGCUAAGCUUAGCGAAAUCAAGAAUAGCUUAGCAAGCAUGGCUAGCGCGCCCAGAGAUAAUAACUUGAGUCAAAUUUUGAACUCUAUCCCCAAUUUUGAUAAUUCCUAUGGUACCAUUCUACCCCGUGCUUUCACCAAACACCUAUUGAUGGUCAACGACAUGUACAAUGUUAAUUGGAAUAUGUGGAAAUUGAAUCUAAUAAGCCGAUUGCAAGGCGAGCCUUUGAUAUUUUUCCAGAGCCGCUUAGAAGAAUUUACGGAUUUGAAUCACUUUGUAAAAGCAUUAUUGGAUACAUUUUGGAGUCCUGAUAGACAACGAGUACUACUAACACAUAUUAUUACCUGCAAAUUUCAAAGGAAUGCUGGCUUAUCUAUGGUUGCUUUUUCAGCACACUUGAAGUAUUUGAAUUCAGCACUAGAUCACCCUAUACCACUGGAUAGUCUUAUUCAAGUGUUGGCUCAAAAAUUGCCAAAAAGCGUUCAAACUGCCCUUAGUACCAGAGAUUUUGAAAAUUACAAUCAAUUUGAAUCAUGCCUCUAUCGACUACAAUUCAUACAUGAUCAAUUUGAGUCAAAUGGUAGCAAUACAUCCUUCAACGACAGCUACGACCUAGGAUGUAAACACUCACCUCAAAACGAAAAUGUAAACCGAGGCCCGGUCAAUAGUAGAAGCUAUGGAUACACAAAAACAUUCAGUAAUAAUGAUGCUAACAAUUAUCAACAAUUAAGUAGCAAUGAUCAUUUUGCUAAUAGGAAUGGGAAUCGAUUCAAUAAUAAUAAUUCAAAUCGCAUGUUUGGAUACAACAGUGAGGUUAAUGGUGGUAAUCAUUCUAGAUCUACAAACACAAGCCGGCUGCCAAUGCCAUCUGAGGAUAGAAAUCGUAGUUCACCCCAGACCCGGAAUCAGGGCAAUAGGAGUCAGCCAAACUCUGCCGAAAACUCUACUUCAACUCAGCAAAAUAGAAAUUGACAAUUAAAUACAACCGCCCUCACCAAAGUAACAGAUGGUUUUAAGACGAGGGUGGUUAAUCAAUAUAACAAGUCUUCAUCACAAAGAGUUAUGGGAUUGAACGAAAGAGUUGGCCAACCUGUUUUGUUUGAAAGUCAGACUACCACCAGUGGAAGAAUUUUGUCGCCAACACUACCUAGCAGUGAUUCAAAUGUUUCCUCAACACCCGGGUCGAUUCAAAAUGUUGGAGUGAAACUGCCAGUGACAGAGAAGAACAAAGAAUCCAGAUCAGAACUGCCUAGACUGUUCAUGAUAUCCAGACAUGGAAAUUCGGAGGAUGAUAACAGUGAUGAUCAUUGUGAGAAACUAUCUUCGAAUGGCUAUAAACAGGGAGCGUCACAUGCAGAACCUCAAAUCUCAAGAGUCAAACACAGAACCUCGAAUAAUCAACAAAUCUUGAAAACCAUCUCUAAUAAAGAUAACGAAAUGACUUCUGAGAAGAACAAAACACAAAAUGAAACUAAUACAGCCGAGGCUUGUGAAA